AAUGGAGCUGCUUGGUGCCCGUGCCACGACGCAAAUUUCCGCAAGACUGAUGUCCACGAAGCCGCGGCCUUUGGGUUUUUGGCAAUUCAAACAAGACAUCGCUGCAGAUAUCGACCACGAGAAGUUUUUGCGGGAUUCUGUGAGCACCCACGUCGCCACUUCCCGGGAAACGGGUCCGGACCUGGUGCCAGACGGAUCCAACGAGGACACUCAUGACAAUCCGUCUGCCUUUCGCCCCCUGUCGGCCAAGAAAGAUCUUAGGCAAUUCUACUACCAAUUACAAUUAGCUACAGCCGAGCCCAACAUGGGUGCGGUAUUCUUCCCAAUGCCUUGGUCUGUGGAAGACUCUGAAAAAAGGGGCACAGCCGGACAAAUGCCGCCCUCGGCGCCGAACCCGGAAACGAUCCCAACACUUAAGCGACCUAGACGGGGCCGGAAAUGGGUCAUCAUCUUCUCCUUGGUGCAGCUCUUUGGCAGCCUCGCCAGUGUACAUGACUGUGCUCAUGUUUCAGAAUGCAUAAUGUGCAUCCUGAGCCUGGUCUUGCUGCUGGUCUCCACAGUUUAUAUGGAUGAUGUCCAUCUACAGUCCCGCCCUAGGGCCCUACUUUCGGACUCGGCCCUGGCCGACCUCUUCCUGGCCCUGUCAGGCUGGGAGCAAGCUGACUCAAAACAAGAAUUUCACGACGAG